CGAGGUUUCGGCGCUUUCAAUACUCAUAAAGUACUUGCCUCCCUAACCUACCUGCACGAUGAUACAUACCGACUGACCUUUUAGGUGCCUUUACUACUUGCACCAUCGACUUCCCAGAGCAUGUAUGUUAUACGACGCUUAUUGCUCCGGCAACGGCCCCAACCAUCACACCUCGUCAUCCCCUUGCUUCACUCAACAUUCAUUUCAACUUGGCCAUCACUAAGACAGGGUAAGAAAGUGCGCCCGGAACUACUCUACCCCGAUCCUCCAACAACACACCACCGCGAUCUCGCCUCUUUUCUCGCGUAUGCGGAACGCACCGGUCUCGACGUUGCAUCAACAGUCUACGUCGGAACCCGUUACGAGUACGUAGUAUCUUCAACCCUCUCACAAUACGGCAUCCAGGCCGUCCGGGUCGGCGGAGCCUCGGACAAUGGCAUCGACCUCCUCGGUACAUGGAACGUCCCCUCUCAUAAUCAACCUAUAAAGGUCAUUGUACAAUGCAAAGGAGGCGCCCAGCGUGCCGGCCCCUCGUUAGUGCGGGAGCUGGAGGGUUCCUUUAUCGGCGCUCCCGUCGGCUGGCGCGGUAGCGGCGUCGUUGCGCUCCUAGCCAGCGAGAAGACGGCGAGCAAGGGCGUCCGAGAGGCUUUGGGCCGGAGCCACUGGCCGAUGGGCUUUGUCUCGUGUUCCAGUGACGGGGCUGUACGGCAGAUGCUCUGGAACCAGCGGGCGGAGGAGGAGGGGCUGAGAGGACUAGGGGUUACCAUGCGCCAUGUUGAGGCUGGAAACGGCGAGUCGCAGAUCGUCUUAACGUAUAACGGCAAGCGAGUCCUCAGUGUUUCCAAAACGGAGGCGCUGGGUGUUUGACCAUCGUACCAGAGGCGGACCAUACAUCAUCGACCCGGAUAAAGGACCUAAACUGUGUCAUGGUGGGAUGGCCAUCGUACAAUGUACGCUGCCGAGAUAUGUUGCGAAAUAACUGGGACUGUUGCAGGCAAGGUCCCAGAGAGAAGUGCGCGUAGAAGGAACACUGAUGAAUUAAACCCAUAAGCGAGUAGCUGCUAUGUCCCCCAUGUAUUAACCUGUAGGAUAAUCAGAUCCAUGCAUGGGAUAUCAUUCACC